CCUUAAACUUUGUGUUGGCGGAAGAUGGCCGUCGCGUGCCGAAUGUUGCUCUGAUUGUUUACGACGCUUUUAUAAGUUUUUCAACUAAUUUAGAGUUUUAAAUGACAAUAAAAAUCUUAUAAAGUACCUUGUAUACACUUGAAUAAACUUUAUAUCUAGUGUUUCUUAAAAUUCGUAUUGUUCUUCACUCAAAAAAGUGUUCCGACUGGUGAGUUGUUACUAGUUUUCGAAGUGGUAUUAGUGGAAUGUGAUUAAAUUCAAGUGGAUUGUGCCUUUGGAAUAGAAUAUUAAGGUAGUUCAUUAUAAAAAGUCAUACUUCAUUUAAAAGAUGCAUCCAGCGAGAUGUUGAAAAUGUAAAUGUUCUGUGAUCAGAAGAUAUGUCGCGGUCAAUGAUGGAUAAGCAGGAUUCCAGCUGGCGUAGAUUGUGUGUGUUAAGAUGUGUUGUGAUUGUGCUAGUGAUCAGUGAUUGUGGUAGUGGGAAGCAGAUGAGUGAGACGCUCCAGAGGGCGCUGUCGGCGGUGCGAGGUCCGAGCCCUGGUGCUAAGAAACUGCUAAAUAUACCUGAAGAUGGAGCGGACCCGCUUCCCGGCAAGCACGUGCCGCUGGAGAGCUAUGAGAGCGAAUUGGAGCGGGAGCACGCGCUGCCCACGUCCGUCCCCAAUGCCGACAUACUCAAGACUAACAGCAACCCCACCUAUCACAAGCCGAGACCGCCGCAGCACCACGGCGCGGCGCUGCUUGCUGGGGUCGGCAGCGGGGCGGUGCCGUCGUACGCGCCCCCCGGCCGCGCGUUCUUCACACCCCCGUUGCCGCCGGAGUAUAGGAACCCAUUUGCUGAUAAGCCGACACUACGAGGCACAAAUACGGACGGGAAUAACUAUCUCAACCGGCGACCCAUCCCGCCGCCCUCGCUGGGGCCGGGACAUGACAGGAUACCAAUCAGGCCGCCGGGACAGGAAACUUCGUCCCCGCAAGUCCCGGCGCCUCCCCCCGCGCCGCCCGCGCCGCCGCCCGGCCUCGAGCCGCAGAAGAAAAAGCCUCUUAACACACCCAGUCAUAAGCCUGACGAAUUAGAUGGCGACAUCAAACAUGGCACAGAUCAAGCUAACUUCACAGACUUCGUGCCGAACUCGCUCAACAUCCCGACUAUAUCCAGGAUAUUGUCGGGAUCCAACGGGAGGAAGGAGGACAUCCCUGAUGUUCUACUGCGGACUGUCACCGCGAAACCACAGCACCAGCCUGAGAAGACUUCCAAAAGUGACGUGUUUGUGACUAAAGACACAAGUGUUACCCUCAGUGAUACAAAUCGAGACUCCUCUACCGAAGGGUCAGUGUUAGCUGUUUUAGAUCCAGAAAUGAAUAUAGAUCGACCCUUAAUCAUAGAUCAGAAUGGAGAAACUAACACUAGGAGAAACCUACAAUAUUCAACUAAUAAAGAGAGGAAUGAUACUAGAAAUGAUUAUAUGCCAGCGACGACUAUUGGCUUCGAAUUAAAAGAUCCAGAAAUGUCCACGGAGAGAUAUCAUAAUCUAGCAAACGUGAAUUCUGAUAAGAAAGUAUUGAAACAAGACUCUAAAAACAAUGGCCCGGUGCAACGACCCGGCGCCACCUGGCCCUUCGCUUGGAAUGUCCAUAUUUACUUAGCCACUGUUAUGUUCACAAUAUUAGCUGUUUAUUCAAUAUUCAAAAUAAUCUGCUACAAUAAGUUUACACAUCUCUUCACGCAGUAUUAUUUCAUAAUAUUACAUUUGAUUUUAGUUUUCGUUUGUCUAAUGAGGAUAUUUUAUCUUUGUUACGAUCCUUACAAUAUUAACAAUUCUCUGCCAAUAUUCAUAAGUGAAAUAUUACUACAUGUUCCGGAAAUAUUCUUAACAAUUGCAUUCGCUAGUACCAUUCUGUUCCUUAUGACCAAUAGUGCGAACUACAGGAAUAAAUGUUGUUCCUUCUUAUUCCGCUCUCGAAGCAUCAUCGUCGGCGGCGGAGUCCUCCUCCUUACUUGUGUAACGUUGCAUAUCUUUGAAAAUAGUAAUACAAUAUAUAGGACCCCUCAGGGAGUCGAAAAAAGGGUAUUAGGACUUACUUGUCAGAUAAUAUUUAUAAUAGUAUGCCUUAUUUUGGGACUGUGCUAUCUUUAUGUAUAUAAAAUGCUAAAAGCCAUUCUUCAGAAGAAAAGUCACAAUUACAUACAUGGUUUCCAGAAUCUCUAUCAAGGGAUACAUAUAAAUUUGGCUACCGCGUUGCUGUUUGUAUUAAUGGCGACUCUACAGAUAUACGGGAUAAUAGGAAUCAAUCAAGUCAGCAUGACCAAAUUCGAUUGGCUGCAGUGGGGAUACCAAUUCUCGUUGCGACUCAUAGAAAUAAGUGUAGUAGCACUUAUUUCGUGGGUCAUAAGUCUCAAAAUCGGAAUCGUAGCAUCACUGCAACACGAAAAAGGCGAUGGACAAAAGAUAUCCGGUUUCUUCCCGUGUACCGCCGGCUCUAGUAACGAGCAAUUCGAAUCCGAUUAUCCGACUAUAUGCAACACUAACACAAACCUCAAGACGUACACUUUGAGAACCGGGAAACCGGUCUACGAAACCGCUGGACAUCACCCGGUGAUGCCAGAACAAUGUUUCGGUGCCAACGUCAUGGAGCAUCAGAGGUUCCAAUUGAGCACGUUGGCCGGUAACUGCGAUAAUAAUUCGGGUACCGAGAACUACUCUGGCCACAGUUCCAUCGCUAAUGCCGGCCACAGCAGUUCUACGGAGUCUAGCAACGCCGCCUCCGGCCAAGGUGUGACCAACCAUUUGAUCAAACAUCAUCCAAACAUGGCCGGUUACAACGGUAUAGAAUCCGCUUCGGAUGACCACUACUCCAACUGUGACCCCGCCAUACAAUCCCUCCAGGGCGACGAUCCCUUAGACCACGAAUACAAUGUCAUCCAAUACGGCAGCAACAGUGACUUUAUCCGUGAUAUCAAAAAUCAAAACUACAACGGCGGCUCCAAUAGAAGUUCCCAUAAUUUCAAACACAUGUCCUACGAUAGAGUUUCCUCGCGAACGAAUAGUAAUCCACGUAAAAAGCACAGAGCUAAGAACAAGAACGUUCAGAAUUGCAUGACGAUGGGUUACGAUCCCUCUAUGAAUCACCACUAUCACCAACCACAUAUGCCUGACGAGUACAGCAAUUAUAACGCGGAGAACGCGUCUUACCAUUCCUCGGGGAUACAGACCCUCAACCCUAACAGGAGUUACGAAGCCCCCUGUCAACAAAUUAGGAGCUCCCAGCGUCGGAACUCGCCUUCCACCGCUAUGGUCAAUUCUAGCGGGAGUCAGAAACGAGGUAAAGGGAAUGGGUUCCCAGAUCGACCUAAAUCCACAGAUCUAUACGGAUUCUCAGAGGAUCCUAAUGAUAGGGCAUACCCUUGUGCGUUAGGUACACCACAACCUGCGCCUAGGAAUUGCAGCUAUGAGGCUUCGUACUCUCAACCACAAGACGAAAUUAACCCGAACGAAGGCGGGGGCAGUAUGCUUGUAGCUCAAGACGGCUUUGUCCGAUUCCGACCGUUAGAAGAUGGUCACUCGCAGACCUGAUUCACAGUCAGUCUGUCUUACGAGACAGAGAAUCUAAAUUUCUAACGUACAUUUCACGUGGAACUCGUGCAUCUCAUUGUAUAGACAUUGUAAAUUGAUAGAUAGGUUUAAUACGGGAUCCGUUUAACAUGCGAUCCUAUUAUAACGGCCUUUUGUAUAUAGCGUUUUUUUUUAUUCUAAGGCCCUGUUUAUUUAAGAAGUUUCUUUGACUGAAAUGCCAUUUUGUUAACUAGAUUGUCGCGUUUAUCAUUUAUGAUAUGGCCAAUGUGAAAUUUAAUAAACACUUAUGGCAAAAUAGCCAAUUGUAGUGAUUUGCAGUUUAUUAUUGUUGUAAUUUUCAUAAUUAAUCGACAUUUCUAAAUCUAUUUAAACAUUAAGCUGAUAAAAUAAAUUGUAUCAUAACAAAUUAAUUACAAAAUAUCAAUUGAACAGUUCUGUUUAAAUUAUUAACUCUUCAUAAAACCAGAUGAAUAAGUACAUUUGUCGCUUCUGAAGUUAGCAGAUAUUGAAAAUUGAACAACAGAACAUACAUCUUUCUCUGUCACACAUAUCGAUGUUGUGUUCAUCUCACUCUCGCAUUCCUUAUUCCGUAGCUAACUUCAGGUAUAAUAGUAUAUAAUAAAAUAAGUUCUCAAUGCGGUUAGAACUGUUAUUUCUUUCUUUUAUUUAUUGUAUUCCUUGUGAUCUUGAUUUGUUAAAAAAUUAUUUGCUUUACAAUCACUUUAAUAUUGUGUUGAUUUAUUUUUUUGUUUAAAAUAGCAAUUUUGUGAUUGGUCUAUUAAAACGCUUUUUAUAUCAGAUAGUUACAGAUGCUACCAUAUGUAAAAAUUAAAAUUUUGCAUUAACUUUUGUCAAUUUGGUACAAUAUAAGGAGUACAAGCAAAAUAUUUUAGAGAUCGUCCAUUAUUUAUGUGAAGUCCGAAAAAGGUUCCGAGAAAAUCAUUAUGAGGGCAAGCAUUACAUUUGUCGUGUAUUUAGAUACUGAUGUAAUUGUAAAAUUAAAAAUAAUAGAAUUUAAUCCAAGUACCUGUAUUUAAUAUUUAGUUAUAAUAUUCAGGAAACUUCAAUUUGUAGUAAAAAUACAUUUAAUUAUGGUUAUAUAUUAAGUUGUAUCUUGCCAUAACUAAUAGUGGAGGGGAGGGGGUCAAAAAACACAUGAUUAAUGGACGACUUCUUUACUAAAAUAAUUAAAUUACUUUUCCCUAGUCAACACAAUAACCCAUGGUAUUUCAUUCCUGCCAUUAUUUUUAUAUAAUAAUUUGUAAUUAAAAAAUGCAGCUUUUGUAAUUGUUUUUAGAAUCAGAAUCUAUGAUAGAAAGUAAUUUUCAUUCACACAGAAUAUUUAUGUAGUUAAUGUAACACGAAAAUGUUAACAGACGUUUUAUAACUUAUAGAAAUAUGUGCUCUUAGUAAAAUAUCUGAUUUAAAUAAUUUUCUAUAAAAAUAUAAAUCGACUGAUAAAAAUGUACUUAUUAAUACCAUAUUUGUAAAAAAAAAUCAAGUCGAUGUCUAUGUUUUAUUUUCUGUGGAAAUAAACAAUUAUAUUUUUGGUAAUGCUUUGGUAGUUUAUAGUAAGGUUCCAAGCAAAUUACUAAAUGUUUGUGUACUAAGAGCAUAUAUCGUAAUAAAUGUUGGCACUUCACAAUAGAUAGGUAAAAAAAGAAAUAAUUGUAUAGAUUAGGUGAUAUACUAAAGAAUAUUUAUAAUUGGCAAAACACGGAUUAAAUAAAAUAAAAAUAACUGCAUUAUUAUUGGCACUGACUAAUUUUGGGCCCUUUAGAGUAAAUGGUUUAAAAAAGGGCCCGAAAGUAGUCGGUGUAAUACAUAAAUGUAGGGGUUUUUAUUUAAUUUUUAUUAUCACUUGAAACUGUUAUAAUUAUUAUGAUAAGUGGCAAUUUAACUCAGUGCUCAUAUAAUUGUAAUUCCUAUGUAAAUAAAAUUGUAUUAAGUAUGGUAGUGCACCAUAAUGCCACGGUUUUUUUAAUUUUAUUUACUUUAGUUAUAUAAGUGUAUAUAACGGGAGACAUAGUUACGCCCGUACAGGACGCAUUUGUUGUAUAUUAUAUAUUUUUUUCUUUAAUAUUUUCAAGACUGUACCUAUCUUUAUCAUUUAACAAAACUGACAUUUACUAUGUAUAAAAAUAAAAAAAGGGAUUAAAAUUUA